CCAAACUUGAAUCCCUUAACAUUUCUCAAGUCCUAAACCCCAAAUCCCUAAAUCCCCAAAUCCACCGCCGCUAGUCCGCUAGCACCAGCGCCGUGCGCUCUGCGGCUCCACAACUGUCGGCCGCCGGCCUUUGUCAACGGCAAGAUUUGAGAGAUGGCUCUAUCUAAGAAAGAAUCAAUGAUGGUUAAUGAGGAGGUGCUGGAAGACGAUAGUGAUAUGGGAGAAGAUUUGUCUGAUUCAGAAUUGGAGCAAGAAUCGGAAGAGGAGUCUGAAGAGGAAGGAGAUGUGAGAUUGGCUGAGCCCUCCCAGAAUGCUACAUACAACAAAGACGGUCUGUUGGAGAAGCUUGCAGAUAUGAGCUGGCCAGGGAAUGCUAAAUGGAUAGACAAGCUUACAUUGGAUAUUGAGCAAGAGCAGCCUGUGGAUGUGAAUGAUGACCUGACGAGGGAGCUUGCAUUUUAUACGCAGGCGCUAAAUGGGACUAGAAUGGCCUUUGAGAACCUUCAGUCGAUGGGGCUUCCAUUUCUGAGACCUGAGGAUUACUAUGCAGAAAUGGUGAAGUCGGAUUCCCACAUGGAGAAAGUGAAGAGCCGGCUAUUGGUGGAGAAGAAGAACAUGGAGGAGGCUGAGGAGAGAAGGAAAGCCAGAGAGGCCAAGAAAUUGUCUAAAGAGAUUCAGAACCAGAAGUUGAAGGAGAGAGCUAAGCAGAAAAAAGAGUCUAUUGAGUCUGUGAAGAAGUGGAGGAAGCAGAGGCAGCAAAGUGGGUUUGCUGGGGGUGACAAGGGAAGCGAGCUGGAUUCGGCCUUUGAAGAUGGGAAGCCAUUUGAGAAGUCAGGUAAUAAGAGGUCUGGUGUAGCGCCCGGAGAUCGGUCUGGAGGGAAGGGAAAAUAUGCUGGAAAGGGGAAGAAGCCAAAGAAGAAGGAAAUCAAGGAUUCCAAGUUUGGAUUUGGAGGAAGGAAAGGUUCCAGGAAGCAAAAUGUUGCUGAAACCACCAACGAUUUGAGAGGCUUCAAUAAAGAAGAUGGUUUCUCAAAAAAUAAGAAAAGGAAGAUGUGAUGUGCAGCUGUACGGUUUUGUGGUUUUGUUUCUCUUGAUGGUUAAGGGCAUGCCCUUGUAACCUAUUAAUUUUGUUUGUGAUUCUAAUACUACUGAACUUGUAUGGAAUACAUUAUUGUUUUUUAAAGUGUCAGAGUGAUAUUGUUGCUGCCGGAAGUUAUAUGCUCUUUCUGAUGAAGCUAAGUUCAUUUG